CCCCGCGCUCAUUCUAUAAGCGGCAGCGCCGAGUGCGGAUCUCCGGCCCAGAGACAUGAAGCAGUGUAACGGAGCCGAGCCCCCGGUGCCGCCCGGCCUGCACCGGCCCCCGGAGGCCGCGUCCUGCUGCGCCAAAACCCGCCGCUUCCUCAGCGGGAACGCGCUGGUGCUGCUGACCGUGGCCGGGGUGCUGCUCGGCGCGGCGCUGGGGAUGGCGGUGCGGCCGCUCGGGCUGGACGCGGCGCAGGUGGCCCGCUUCUCCUUCCCCGGGGAGCUGCUGCUGCGGCUGCUGAAGAUGAUCAUCCUGCCGCUGGUGGUGUGCAGCCUGGUGUCCGGGGCCGCCUCCCUGCAGCCCUCCGCCCUGGGGAAGCUCGGCGGCUGGGCGCUGCUCUUCUUCCUGGUCACCACGCUGCUCGCCUCGGCGCUCGGGGUCUGCCUGGCGCUGCUCAUCCGGCCCGGGGACGGCGCGCUGGGGGGCACGAAGGGGGCUGGCAUCCCGGAGAGCAAGGAGGUGGUGGACUCCUUCCUGGACCUGGUCCGAAACAUCUUCCCUUCCAACUUGGUGUCGGCCGCUUUCCAGUCGUACACCACCUACUACAGGACGGAGGUCGUCAAUGGUUCCCGUGAUGACGUCAACGUGUCUGCAGAGGUGAACAGGACGCUCAUUAAGGUGCCCUAUGGGCAUGAGGUGGAGGGCAUGAACAUCCUGGGCCUGGUGGUCUUCGCCAUAGUCUUCGGCGUGGCGCUGCGCAAACUGGGGGAGGAAGGUGAGAUCCUCAUCAAGUUCUUCAACUCCUUCAAUGAGGCGACCAUGGUGCUGGUGACAUGGAUCAUGUGGUACGCGCCGCUCGGUAUCAUGUUCCUGGUGGCCGGAAAGAUCGUGGAGAUGGAGGACGUGGUGCAGCUCUUCACCAGCCUCGGCAAGUACAUCUGCUGCUGCCUGGUGGGACACGCCAUCCACGGCCUCAUCGUCCUGCCCCUCAUAUACUUCACCUUCACCCGCAAGAACCCCUACCGAUUCUUGUGGGGCAUCAUCAGUGCUCUGGCCACAGCGUUCGGGACCUCAUCCAGUUCGGCCACCCUCCCGCUGAUGAUGAAAUGUGUGGAGGAGAAGAACGGUGUUUCCAAGCAGAUCAGCAGAUUCAUCCUUCCCAUUGGCGCCACAGUGAACAUGGACGGAGCGGCGUUGUUCCAGUGUGUGGCGGCCGUCUUCAUUGCGCAGCUGAACAACCACCCCCUGAACUUCAUCCAGAUCAUCACCAUCCUGGUCACAGCCACCGCGUCCAGUGUGGGCGCUGCAGGCAUCCCGGCGGGCGGCGUGCUGACACUGGCCAUCAUUCUGGAGGCGGUCGGUCUCCCCACCAAUGACAUCUCCCUCAUUCUGGCUGUGGACUGGUUGGUUGACCGAACCUGUACGAUACUGAAUGUCGAGGGCGACGCCUUUGGUGCCGGCCUGCUCCAGGUGUACAGCGACCGGACGUCGAAGCCCAGUGCGGACAAUGUGGAUCUGACCGCGGUGCGAGUGGUGACGGAGGAUCAGCCGGAGGGUGACCCCCUCCUGAAGAAGGAUGUGUGCGUGCCGGUGGACGGCUGCAGCCCCUCCGAUAAGGAGUCGACCAUGUGAGGCCGGGGCGCGGACUUGUUUAGGUCACUUUUAUUUUUUUAUAUAAUUAUUUUUUUUACUUGGAUUCUUAACUUAUGUGCUGCAUCUUCAGGGCGCUCAGGUGCCUCCUCCAAUCAGGACCCGGUGCCGAUCGCGGUGUUGGAAUGGUCUCCCGAGGCUCCGCCCUCUUUUAUACGUCCGCGGGUGGCUCCUUUUGUCUGUAAUUUUAUUUUGGGAUAUUUAAGGUUUGUUCUAUUUUUGGACCAAUUUGACUUUGUGCGGGUUCACAAACAGCCGGUGACCCCCCUGCUCUUGGGGACGUGGACUCCUCGUGGUGAUGCCCCGGGGGCCAGAUCUGGGUCAUAGGUCGCUGCUGAUCCGUGACUGCACUACACGCGUGUGCACUAACUCUGUUACAGGUGGAGCCCUGGACCCAAACAUGAGUGAAUGGCUAAGAGAAUGAUGGGUGUAGUGGUCAAUGAUGGGUGUAGUGGUCAAUGAUGGGAGUGUAGUGAAGUAAAGACAAAGAAGAAGCUGCUGAUGUGUGGUGUCUUCAUUGUGGAACUGCUGCCGGUGCAGUGGUGACCAGGGGUGUGCGCUAGAGUCCAAAAGAUCUGUCCCCUAAAUGUACAGCACUACGGCGCCACAUCCUCUCCUCUGAUCUAGACCGCCAUGAUGACAGAUGCCGCCAUCAUCUCCCCCUGCUGCUGCCCCCAAGUAUUACACUGAAGAAAUCAGCGCCAUACAGAGCGUUCCCCCAAUCAGAAAGCUGCCCUCAUAGCCCCCCAGUAGUAGAGGAUUGUGCCCUGGGCCUGUAGCGACAAUUACUCCCAUCAUCCCCAGGCGCUUACAGUCCAACCUCUCCCAUUCUGCACAGUCCAUAAUGAAAUCUGAAUGUGGUUUUAUAAUUGGGGUGACCGCAGCGCAGACUCUGCCCCCUGCUGAUUAUUAGUGGUUAGGCUCAGCAGUGUCACUGGUGUUUAGCGCUGCUCACCGCCCAUGCUUUACACUGCAGCUCUGUCUAAACACAGGCUCAGCAGGAACGUGGUCCAGGUGGAGAGGAUUGUAUUACAGCAAGCGGAGGAUCAGACACCGACGGCCGCAGCCUCAAGACUUCAGUUUGGGGCAGAAGUUGUAAUGGGCUGAUGAAUGUGCGCUGUUGUUUCAGUUCCCCUUUACUUUCAGGAUCCCUGCUUCCUGUCAGUUAAUGGGAACACACUUAUUCAUAUCCAGAAGCUGAAAGCCCAGCCUGCCUUCCCACAGCUGAGGGUUUGUUAUAAUAGCAUGCAAUCUGGAGCCUCCACCAGGCUGAUACAUUGUAACAAACAGGUCAGUAGAGCGCUUCAUUGUCUGCACAGAUACAUUGUCGGUACCGGUGGGAGGAGCCUCGCCGGUGUCAUUACCGAUGCUCUGGGGGCUUGUCUGGUAUCUAUGUACAAUCAGGGCAGAGCUGACAUAUGUCUGCAGGGAGGCAUGCUGGGUGUGGUGUCUCGUGCCUCCACUUACAAAACCAGCUCCAACCGCUCCCUGCAUUUCUUAGCUUCAUUCUCAAGGUCAGUGAUGCCUCAUACAGUAGAUAAGACCGUGCUGCCUCCUGGUGGAGAGACUGUGUACUGCAUGUGACCCUGUAUACACGUCAUCCUACUACAUCUGCCCCCUCCACACUACAUACCUAUCAUUCACACUAUACACCUCCAUACCUAUCAUCCACAGAGUACAUCUCAUCCUACUACACCUCCAUACUACAUACCUAUCUUCUGCAGUGUACACAUCAUCCUACUACACCUGCACCCUCCACACUACAUACCCAUCAUCCACAGUGUACACAGCUGGAUAUCCCGGUGAGUUUGUGGGGGCAGUUGAGAUGCUGCAGCUGCCGACAGAGGAGUCUGGAGUACACAAAGGAGACAGGGGAGUCUGGCGGAGGGCAGAGAGGUCUGGAGUACGUAGAGGGGAGUCUGGCGGAGGGCAGAGAGGUCUGGAGUACGUACAGGGGAGUCUGGCGGAGGGCAGAGAGGUCUGGAGUACGUAGAGGGGAGUCUGGAGGCUAGAGAGGACUAGAGGGGUCUGAAAUACAUAGAGGAGACAGGGGAGUCUAAAGGGCAGAGAGGUCUGAAAGACAGAGGGGACAGGGGAGUCUGAAGGAGACAUGGGUCUCCACGAAGACAGAGUAGUCUGAAAGACAACAGAGAGGUCUGGAGGAGGGCAGAAAUGUCUUGUAGACAUAGAGAGGACAGGGGAGUCGAGGAUGGAAGUGAGGUCUGGAGGACAUAGAGGGAUCUAAAGAGGACAGGGGAGUCUGGAGGGGACAAAGGGGUCUCAAGGAGGACGGGGGUCUGGAAGAGAACAGAAAUCUGGAGGUAAACAGAUGGGUCAGGAGGACAUAGAGGGAUCUAAAGAGGACAGGGGAGUCUGGAGGGGACAAAGGGGUCUCAAGGAGGACGGGGGUCUGGAAGAGAACAGAAAUCUGGAGGUAAACAGAUGGGUCAGGAGGACAUAGAGUGAUCUAGAGAGGAUAGGGGAGUCUGGAGGGGAUAAAGGGGUCUCAAGGAGGACAGGGGAUUCUGGAAGAAAAAAAGGAUCUGGAGCAGGACAGAGGAAUCUGGAGAGAGACAGAGAGGUCUGGAAGACAUAGAGGGGACAGGAGAGUCUGGAGGACAUAGAGGGGAUAGGGACACCUGGAAGAGGAAAUAGAGGGGACAGGGGAGUCUGGUGGAGGGCAGAGAGGUCUGGAGGACAUAGAGGAGACAGAAGAGUCUGGAGAAGGGCAGAGGGAUCUAGAGACAAUAGGGGAGUCUGGAGGGGACAAAGGCGUCUCAAGGAAGACAGAGGAGUCUGACAAAAAAAAAAAA